AUGGCUGAGGAAAUUGUGACGGAGCUGGCAAUGACCCUCAUCAAAAAAUUGAUAAGCACGCUCUCAUCGGAGAUGAAAAUGCCCGAACUGGUGCGUCAAGAUGUCCAGUCCGUCGAACGCGAGCUCAAGAGAAUGAAAGACUUCGUGCGCCUUGCGGAUGCGGAUGCUCAGGCGAGAGCACGGGUCAAAGAAGUGAAUGAUUUGGCCUGUGAUACCGAGGACCUCCUGGAUGAAUCUAGAGUUUACAUGGCCAUGCCUCACCGCCAUGGCAUCAAGGGCUUUAUUGAUGAUAUCGUUGAGAAGAUCAAGAAAUGUAGAGAGAAGCACGAGAUCUACAACCGGCUACAAGAAAUCAAGGAGAGAAUUAAACAGGCCGACGAAAGAAGUUCGCACUUCCAUGUCGAACCAGUGGAGGAAAGAGGGGAGCCACCGGAUCUAAAACAGCUAGCGGCUCUCUUCGUCGAGGAAAAAGACCUCGUGGGCAUCGACAAGCCACGAGAGGAUUUGAUCAAGUGGUUGCUGGAAGGAAGCAAGUCCCUGCGAGUAAUUUCGGUGGUCGCCAUGGGUGGCAUGGGCAAGACUGCCCUUGUUAAGAAUGUUUAUGAUAACUCGGAGGUGAGGAAGCCUGGACAAUUUGAUUUCCAUGUUUGGUUCACUUUGCAGAAAACAUUCGAUGUCGAAAUGCUGCUAAGAAACAUGAUCCAACAACUCCUCGAUCAAGAAGAGGAAGAUCCAACAACUGCUAUCGAGGUCCACCAUGUCUCUGCUUCCCUCCUGGGACCUUAUAUUCCGACAGAAACAAGAGCAACGAAGAAACAAAGGGAGAUAGAGGCAGCAAACGUGGAUGGCCUCAUUCAAAUUCUCCGAGGCCAUCUCCAAAAUAAGAGGUAUGUGAUUGUUUUGGAUGAAUUAUGGAGUAUAUCUGCAUGGGAGAGCAUAAAACUUGCAUUUCCUGAUAAUGAACUCGGGAGCCGGGUUGUGAUAACAACACGAAAUACACAGAUUGCUGCUACUGCCUCUUCUCUUUAUUGUCCACAAAAUGAGGCUCUUGUGUACAAUCUCCAACCUUUGAGCGAGGAGGAUUCUCGGACCCUGUUUUGCAAAAAAGCCUUCGCAUCAGAAACCUGCCCCCAAGACUUCAAGGAUGUGUCUGAAAAAUUUCUGAAGACGUGUGGGGGAUUACCGCUUGCCAUUGUGACAAUCGGUGGCCUUCUGGCAAUAACCAGGCCUAAGACGGUCGAAAAAUGGACGAAAUUGCAUGAGAAUCUUGGCCAUGCAAUAGAUGCCCACCCCAACCUUGAAGUAAUAAAACAUAUACUGAGCCUCAGCUAUGAUGAUCUACCUUACCAUCUCAAAUUGUGCUUCCUGUACCUCAGCAUCUUUCCAGAGGACUACCCCAUCAGACGCGGUCGUCUGGUGAGGCUGUGGAUGGGUGAAGGGUUAUUCAAUGCGGAGCCUCCGAUGACGGUGGAGGACAUGGCAGAUGAAUGCUUCGAUGAGCUUGUCACGAGGAGCAUGAUCCAAGUGACAGAAACCGACCCUUCAGGAAAGGCAAAGAGCUGCAAAGUUCAUGACAUUAUGCGCGAAAUUAUAAUUUCAAAGUCGAGGGAGGAGGAGUUCUUUUACUCAAUCCUUAAACCAAGCUCACCAAGGCCCACAACUGAAAAAGUCCGCCGUCUAACAACCCAUUGUGAUGUGCGCCACCCGCUAAAUGUAAGCUUUGCUCAUCUUCGAUCACUGAUCUUGUUUAGUGUUUUUGUGUCGUCCAGUUUGAAAUCUGCUAAGUUGUUAAGGGUGUUGGAUGUGGAGCGCCAAGAUAUAGGCUCUCAUUUUUUGCCGCACGGCAGUCGCUUACAACAUUUGAGGUACCUAAACCUGAGGGGCACUGAGCGUGCUCGGCUCCCAGAGGCCCUGAGUAUGCUGCAAAACCUUGAAAUGCUGGAUCUCCGAGACUCGUAUAUCGUGGAGCUGCCUGCUGGAAUCGUCAAGCUUCAACGACUGCGGUAUCUUGCUGUUUAUUCUCCGAGAAGGAAUGGCGUAUCGAUGCCCAGAGGAAUCUGUGGACUGAAAGAGCUUUGCACUCUUGUUCUGGCCAAUGCUGAAGCUGGCUUCAUAGAGGAGGUAGCACAGAUGGAACGCUUGCGAAGGCUGGGCGUGUCGCAGCUCACCAUGCAGAAUGAAGGGCAUUUCUGGACUGCCAUUCAGAAGCUGAGCCGCCUCCAAUCUCUAACAGCCCACUCGAAAGAGGACAAUCUGAUGAGCUCUAUGGGAUCCUCCAGCCAGCUGCCAUCUCUGCUACGAAGCCUAAAGUUGCAUGGCCUCGUUAUGGAGAAAUUGCCCGGUCACAUUGAGUCGUUGAAGAACCUGGCCAAGAUGGUCCUCAGUGGAACCAAAUUGAAGGAUGACCCUUUCCCUGUCCUUGAGAAACUUCCAAGCUUGUCGGAGCUCCGGCUUCACGAAGAUGCAUACGUGGGGGAGGAGUUGCACUCUAAGGGAGGGUUCUUGAAGCUUAGAACAAUGCAUCUCAUGCGCCUCAGUGAGUUGAAACUGGUGAUGGUGAAAGGAAUGGCGAUGCCCAUUGUGGAGAGCCUAAGGAUCAAGUGGUGCGGGAAAGGACGGGCUAAGGAGGACGGUGUCAACCUCCAGAUGGAAGGGGACCGCGACAGCCUCAUCGACCGUCAGGUGCAGUGA